AUGAACAUUAGAGGUUGUGCCACUGCUGGGGUGGUGGCAUGGCAUAGAACGCUCAGAAAAGCAUUGCUUGGCCCCAACCUCCCUGAUGUUUGGCUUCCCAGAGAGCACACACCCUCUCAUACCCUCUCCCAAGAAAGUCUCCAACGUAAGUCCUUUGAUGUAAAUUUGAAAUUUUAUGAUCAUUUGAAGCCUCUGCUUUGGUGUCAACAUGUUUUGUUUCUUUUUGGUUGUUUGCGUCUUGCGAUUCCUUUAGGUGCUAAUGAGCACAAUGCUGUGAUUCUUGAGGGGAAACCAAUUGCUAAGGAGAUAAAGCUUAGAGUGACUGAUGAAUUAAGAAGGAUGAAGAUUAGCAUUGGGAGGUUUCCUAGAUUGUCUGUGGUUUUGGUGGGUGAUAGGAGAGAUUCUCACACUUUCAUUCACAUUAAGUUGAAGGCUUGUAAUCAAGUUGGCAUUGAAACUGUGGUUACCCAGUUGCCAGAAAACUGUGCUGAAAGUGACCUGCUCGAUGCUGUUUCUGGUUUUAAUCUGGACCCGGAUGUACAUGGAAUUAUUGUGCAGCUUCCUCUGCCUCAACAUUUGGAUGAGGAGAAAAUUAUCAAUGUUGUAAGUCCUGAAAAGGACGUGGAUGGCUUUCAUCCCUUGAAUGUGGGAAAUCUUGCAAUAAGAGGAAGAAAACCCUUGUUUAUUCCGUGUGCCCCCAAGGGCUGCAUUGAGUUGUUACUUAGGCAUGGUGUGGAGAUCAAGGGGAAAAGAGCAGUGAUAAUUGGAAGAAGUAAAAUUGUGGGGUUACCCACUUCCUUACUAUUGCAGAGGCACCACGCAACAGUCAGCAUGUUACAUGCAUACACAAAGGAUCCACAACAAAUAACUUCUGAAGCAGAUAUUGUGGUAGCAGAUGUUGGAAUCCCCAACAUAGUUCGAGGAAAUUGGCUAAAGAAAGGAGCUGUAGUCAUUGACAUGGGAUCAAAUCAAGUUAAGGACCCCAGCGGCCAUGGCUUUCGUGUCUCAGGAGAUGUAUGCUUUGAAGAGGCAGUUAAGGUGGCAUCAGCGAUUACCCCUGUUCCUGGAGGUGUGGGACCAGUUACAGUAUCAAUGCUCCUCUCCAACACCCUUGAUUCUGCAAAACGUGCUUUUGGAAUGGUUUGA